AUACCAUAAGAGCUUCCAGGAGAUGAUUGACGAGAAAUGAUUGUGUCGUCCUCUCGUUGAGUCAAUUAGAACGAGGCUCGAUCUGGGAUGGAUGAAGACAAGGAACGAUGAUUUUUCAGCAACGUACCUUAGAAAAAGGGCCAACACGUCUUGUCGUAACGAUGCCGUUAUUAAUGGUUAUAAGAAGUAUUGCGCACAUCGAAAGUCGACAGUUGUGUUUGCUACCGAUAUCAAGCAUGUGGAUUCUCUAACUGACGCCUUCAGAAGACGCGCAUAUAAUGCUCGAUCGGUUACCAGUGAGACGCCUUAUACUAAACGAGUGGAGAUCUUAGACGACUUUCGAGAGGGCAAGUUUCCGAUCCUCAUCAACUGUGGUAUCUUGACGGAGGGCGUGGAUAUCCCUCGAAUCGACUCGAUCGUCAUGGCGAGACCCACCAAGUCUCGUGUUUUUAUUGAACAAAUGUUGGGUCGUGGAUUGCGGAUCUAUCCUGGCAAGGAGGACUGUCUUGUUCUGGACUAUGUGGACAUUAUCAACGGAGAGACUAUGCACACUAUUCCUGAGUUGCUAGGACUGACCGAAUUGCACACCAUAAUCGCCGAGGAUCUCAACGAGGAAGAAUCAGUCGCUGCGGAUAACAUAGCGAAUGGAGAAGUAGUUGCUGUUGACGGUAUAGUCAACGCGGAUGGAGAGGAGCCAGUAAUAACGAAUAGUUGUUGCGAUUUCAGCUCAGUAAAAGGAUACAACUCGUUGUCUAGACGAUCGAUCCAGCUGAGUCGGGACAUUGGAUAGUGACCAACAACAUUGUUGAUUGAUGUCGAAGCUAUGCUGUUGGGCCCCAAAAAAUCGCCGCAGAAGGUGUCCAUGGUAGUGCAUACUAUUGGGAGCAAGCCUCUACUUCACCAAGGAAUCAAAGCGAUCGACGCGCUUCUCCAAAAAAAAAAAAAAAAAAAGAUCGGCGAGCUUAAACACCUUCCACGUGAGGAGCUCGUCGCAUAAAGCAGGUUG